GAAGAACCAUGACUGCCUCAGCCGAAGACCUCCCCGAGUAUGAAAGCCAGCUGGAGGAAGUGAGCAAACUGCUCCUGGACGACCCACACAACGACGAGCUUCAAGCCAUCUACGACGACCUGACGGAGGUCAUUCAGCUCACGCGAGAGCUGCACCAAGGGCAGCCCCCCUCUGAUACCGAACCAGCAGCGGCGCGCAAGCAGCAGCAAGGGCUUCUAGCGGCGCCAUCGGCCGCGGCAACACAACCCGCCACGGCCAAUGCUGCUGCCCCUCCUGGAGCGGCGAACGGUGGUGCGCUGGGCCCCGCCGUAUCGCCGCUCCUGCCGCCGCAGGUGGCUGAGCAGAUUCGCCAUGCCCAGCAGCGCGCAGCACUUGCUGGCCAGGGACCUGCAGACUGGGCUAUUGGGGCCAAAUGUCGUGCGGUGUACAGCGGCGAUGGAAACUGGUACAACGCAGUGGUGGAAGGAGCGACAUGCGGCGGCAACUUCCUUGUGGUGUUUGAUGGGUACGGCAGCAGGGAGGAGGUGGGCAGAGAUGCUGUGCAAUUGCGCGCCGCAGAGGACGAUGGCGGGUACAAGGGUGUGGCUGCUCCAAAGCGCCGUCGCGUGGACGACAGUGCUGAGGUGCAAGAGAUGCCCAAGUGGCUGGAGAUCAAGGCCACGGACGAUGAAAAGACCCAGCAGAAGAAGCGCAAGUUGGCCAAAGCUUACAAAUCCAAGGCACGGUUUGCGAGGCUGGACCUUCAGCAGAAGCAGAAAGCAGAUGCUUGGAAACGCUUCCUUGCUGGAAAACCCAAGAAGUCGCGAGCCAAGGACAAGUAG